CGCAGCCUUCGCUUCCCUCGGUAAGUAACUAUUUAAGCCUGCGAAGGUUCCGCGGGUGAUAAAGUGGCCUUCCUCCCUUCUUCAUGCUGCAUGCGCUUGAGGCGCCGCUACACUCUGUAAAAAGCGGCCGUCUCUCGAGUACACAACGAGCGUCUCCAUCACCGAGGCGCAAGUUGUUGGCGCCUUCCAAAGUGGCUAGGAGGAAGCGCAGACUUAUCGUCGCUGUGGACGAGGGGAGGAGAUCCCCGCGACCAACCUCGUCCCCCAGUAUUAAUAUAAUGGCAAAAUCUCACACGCUCUCUGCCCCAAACAGCAGUGCCGCCACCCGUGCCGUCCAGUCCAAGCACAGCGCCACCGACAGCCCUUCAAGAUCCAAGGGCGACGCUGGCAAUCUCGUAUACUGUUUCUUGCGCGAGUACCCGAAUCAACACACAUCCGACCCUGGAGGCUUCCCUCUAACAAGAGAGCCGCAGCCCGAGCCCCUCACCGAACCGUACGACCCCAGCCACCACUACAACGGCCUCGUCCGGCGCUCUCAGUCACUCCAGCUCCGUCAAAGACCCAGAAACCGUCACGUCAUGCCUCGCCAGAAAGACACAAAGCGUAUAGACCCCACGCGGGCGCGUCACCCAGGAGAGCCCGCCGCCGACACAGAGCCGCACAAUGUCUUCAAAGUCAGCGGCAGCCCAAUAAUUAGCCCACGCUCUAUCCGCCACUGUCUCGAGGAGCCAGGCUAUGAUAUGAAUGGCAAGCCACGGAAGCACUCGAAUGGUGGCGUAGCGCUGCCUAACCCGCCUAUUUCCAAGGAAGACGCUCUCGUAGCUGCUGCUGCUGCUGCGGUGCAAGCCAAAGAGGCUCAAAAGGCGCUCGAAGCGGAACAGGCCGCCAACGCCAGCUUAAAGGGACUCUCAGGCGUGCAACUUGUAGUGCAUCAGAUGCUGGCGACACACACACGCACACUGGCUCUGCUUGGAAUCGAGCGAGCCGAGUUCCCCAAUACGAGGUUGUCGCUGAAACAGGUUGAGACGAUGCUGAGCCCCGUGGUGGCUCUGUGCAACGCGCUACGAGCAGAUCACUUUGGGAUCCAUGUGCCCACCCCACAGAUCGCACGCACGAUGAACGACGUGCAUUAUUGGAAGCUUUGGGAGUCAGAUCUCAUUGAUAUUGGUAUCUUCUUCAUGCCCCCGAAUAGUACUAUUCCACUACACAACCAUCCAGGAAUGAGCGUCGUCACGAGAGUUCUGUAUGGUGCUGCUACGGUAACGUCGUACGAUAUCGUGUCCGAUACUGAAGUCCAGAGACUGGAAGCUGGAGACGAGAUUGUGUACGAGGAUGCCACGUUCAGCUCAGAUGCUGUUAAUCCCGAGAAGGGUUCGGUUUCUUGGGCCCGUGUUAGUCGCCAAGGCCAGUUCGGACAGGAUACUACUACGUGGCUGGAUCCGCGUCGGUUCAAUCUGCACAACAUUCAAGCCAGCUCGGAGAUUGGUUGUGCCAUGCUGGAUAUUAUGGUGCCUCCUUAUGACAAUGCGAAUCGAGAUUGCCAUCACUUCCAAAUUCUGGAGGAAAAAAAGUUGCAAAACGAGCGAAUUUUUAAGAUGUUGGAGUCUAUCAAGCCUGACAACCACAUGGAUCCCCCCACGUCGAAUGGCACGGCGAAUUCGUCGCCGCUGUCUUCGUGA